AUGUCCAACCUCUUCUCCGGGAUCAACGCUCGAUUUCGAGGCGCUUCAACGAAGCCGCCCGGCCAAAAGAGCCCAUCUCCGUCGACAGGCGGCCCGCCUGUGCCAGCUGACACUGCUUCCCAGGGCAGUCAGUCCUCGACAAAUCUUGCUCCCAAGGUUCCGCCUCUGCCAAAUUCCCCAUCCCUCGCCCAAACGAUCGGAAUGGACGCAUCUAGUAGCGGAAUGUCCAACGCCGAAGACAUCAUCAAUAAUUACCACCUUCCCCGCCCGCUACCUUUAUGGCUUAACGCCCAGUAUGUCAAGCAUAUUGUCAAAGGAAACUUUAUGACGUUGAGUGCUCGACCAAAGACUGUGGAGCAAGGAGAAUGGAUCGCCCACCAAGUUGUCGAGCAUUAUCGAAACCUGUGGAAUUUUGUGCGCGUGGUUCAUGAGAAAGAGGAUGACGGCACAAGCAUUUGCAACCCCACCACUUGCCCUCGCAUGUCUGCUGGAGCAAAUCAUUCCUUCACAUGGCUGAAUAACAGACGAGAGCCUGUAGAACUUCCCGCAUACGAGUACAUGACGUUGAUGCAACGAUGGAUUUCGGGUAAAAUUGACGACACCGCAAUCUUUCCCACAGACCCUUCCGGUGUAUCAUACGCCCAUAACCCCAGCAUCACAACGACGCCUUUAUCUCAACUUUCCAACCCCGGAGAGGCCGAAUACAUUGGGAAACGGUCGGGCUUCCCAGAGAAGUUUCUCGAAGUUUGCCAGAUGAUUUUCCGUCAAAUGUUUCGUGUGUACGCCCACCUUUACUGGGCACAUUUCACCGAGCCUUUCUAUCACCUGAACCUUGAAAAACAACUCAAUAGCUGUUUCUCUCACUUUAUUCUGACAGCAACUGCGCUGGACAUGCUUAAACCGCAGGAAUUGGAGCCGAUGCAAGCCCUGAUCGACCUGUGGGCAGCAAAUGGGACGUUCCCACCUGAGUCUAAGGCUUACGAGUAUGCUAACUUGCGGGCUGGCGAACGACUCCUUCAUCUUGCAGGUGCUCAGUAA